UGAGCGUUAGGCAGUACGGCACGGGCAGCUGCUUCCUCUUCCGCUUGUGUAGCAUGACUGGUCACGAGCCACCCUCCUCUUCCUCCUCCUCCGGGCUCCGGUAACGGCUUCGGGGGCCGGCGACAGGCGCGGGGAGGAAGGCCGUGACGCGACGUCGAGCGCCGCACUGGAACGUGGCAGCCCCAGACAACUGCUUGUAGAAUGUUCCUGGCUCACUCUUGCUUCCAUGCUGUGCUGCUAGCCCUCAUAACCUCGGUGAUGGCAAAGGACAAUGAAUGUGAUCUACUUGGGGAAGAAGGCAGUGAAUCCACAAAAGAAAAGAAGCUGCUGGAGAGGUUGAAGCCAAUUUUCGGCAAAAGUUUUGAAAUCGAAGGUGAGAGUGAAGGUGAGAAAUACACCUACAAGUUCCGGGUGUGUCAAAAUGCUACCAAUAAGAACAAUUCUGGCCUGGUGCAGAUCAACAAUAAGCAACAGAUAACGGUGUUGGGACGAAUCAACGAGACUCAUAUUGCCAGUGGAAGUUCAUGGAUUUUACUGACCUAUAAGGGGGGAGACCCCUAUAGUACCCACUGUGGGAAGGAGCAGAGAAAAGCCAUAGUAAUGAUCACCUGCAACAAGAAGACACUAGCAAGUGGUUUCACCAUGGUGUCAGAAGAGCGAGAAAAGAUUGAGGAAUGCUUCUACCUCUUUGAGUUAGAGAGCAGCUUGGCCUGCCCUCCAGAAGACUCUCACUUAAGUAUUGGCUCUAUAUUGCUCAUUACGCUUGCUCCAUUGGUUACAGUGUACCUCAUUGGGGGAUUUCUUUACCAGCGUCUGCUGGUGGGAGCAAAAGGCAUGGAGCAGUUCCCCCACUUGGCCUUCUGGCAAGAUCUGGGCAACCUAGUGGCAGAUGGCUGUGAUUUUGUGUGCCGGUCGAAACCAAGGAAUGUACCAGCUGCGUAUCGUGGUGUUGGUGAUGACCAACUAGGAGAAGAGUCUGAAGAGCGAGAUGACCAUUUGCUACCAAUGUGAUCUUUUCUUUUCCUUCCCUGUUUGUUCACAUAAGCGGGUCUCACCUGGUCACUUCCCCUUCAUCUUUCUUGUGAUCACCCCUUAAGCGGCUUGCUUUUUACCAUGGCUGCCCCGUUUUUCCUCUCCUGCUAUGAAUGAGUACUGGGACUGGGGCUUGGGGCUUUUAUGAAUGUAAAUCUGUGGUAACAAACUUUGAAAUGGGGGGACUGGACAGAGCCCUGAAGGGCAAAUGCUUCUCUAGAUUGCCUGCUGAGGCUGAUUUUCCUCAACUUAUGAAGAAUUGCUUGUAGGUUUGGAAUGGAGCAGCAAGGGGGGACUUCAGUAUGUGAUGUUAAAGGGAAGAACCUGAAGGUGCAGGGAAAUACUAGUAGCCUUGGGUAUGGGGGGU